GUCAACACACUUUGUAUGUUUUACAGUAACAUCAUAAACCCUUUCUCAUUCAUCAACCGCCGUCGUUGUUGUCUAUCUUACCGGACGUUGAUUUUGUUCCCCUCCGGCGAGUUCAUUAGAGAUCACCAAUCAAUCAUGGCCACAAGCAGGAGGUUAAGAGGAUUCAAGAGAUGGAUGAAAGCUAACGGAGUUGAUUGCAGCGACGCUCUCAACCUUGUAGACGACGAAAACGAUGGUGUCUCCGUGAGAGCAUCCUGCGAUCUGAAAGAAGGAGACGUUGUCGCCAAUAUCUCGAAACCUGCUUGUCUCACAAUCAAAACGAGUGGAGCUCGUGAGAUUAUCAAAUCCGCUGGUUUAGAUGGAAGUUUAGGUCUCUCUGUAGCUCUCAUGUACGAGAGAAGCUUAGGUGAAGAAUCACCUUGGGCUGGUUACCUUCAGAUUCUUCCUAGUCAAGAGGAUUUGCCUCUAGUUUGGUCUCUUCAAGACUUGGAUUCUCUCUUAUCUGGAACUGAGCUUCACAAGGUGGUGAAGGAAGAUCAUGUUCUUAUAUGUGAGGAUUGGGAAGAAAACAUUUUGCCACUUACCUCUUCACUGCCUCAGAAGGUGGAUCCUGAUUCCUUUGGGAUUAAAGAGUAUCUUGCGGCUAAGAGUCUAAUUGCUUCACGGUCUUUCCAGAUUGAUGAUUACCAUGGAUCCGGGAUGGUUCCUCUUGCAGAUCUCUUCAAUCAUAAAACUGGGGCAGAAGACGUUCAUUUUACUGCUGAAUCAUCUCACAGUGAAUCCGAUACUGAAGCUGAUGAAUCUGACAAUGGUGAUGCUGUAAAUGAGGCCACCGAUGGAGACGAGCCUUCCAGUAAAAGUUCUUCCUCGCCUGACCAAUCUUUUGAGGAAGUUCCUGGUGAAAACACUGACGACGAAGCCAACGAAGAAGAAGAAGAAGAAGAGAACUCUGCAAUGUUGCAAGAUGAUGCAUCCGGUUUAAAAAUGAUUAUGGUGAAGGAUGUUGCAGCUGGAGCUGAGGUAUUCAACACAUACGGUUUGAUGGGUAACGCUGCGUUACUCCACAGGUACGGAUUUACAGAACCUGAUAAUCCCUACGACAUAGUAAACAUAGAUCUAGAAUUAGUAACGGAAUGGAGCUCAUCCUCAUUCACAAGCCGGUACACUCGAGCUAGACUCGCCCUGUGGAGAAAACUAGGUUACACAGGAUGCGAGAGCCAAAACUCUGAAUACUUUGAAGUUUCUUCAACCGGAGAACCCCAAACCGAGCUCCUGAUCCUACUCUACAUACUGCUCUUACCAGACGACGCAUACAAUAAACUGGAUUUAGCUAUAUCAACAAAAGCAAGUCUCUCAAAAGAAGGAAGAGUAUCUUCUCCCUCUUCUCCUUAUGAGUUAACAAUUGGGAAACACAAGUUCAAGCUUGGAGAAAGUGAAAACGAUGUUCUUCUCACAGACGGUGUUUGUGAAGCUCUUCUUACUAUUGUGGAUAAGCGAGAGAGCCUAUACGGAUCAUCGACUUCUUUGGAAGAUGACAUUGCUGGACUCAAAGCUUGUUGUCUUCCUAAAGACAGGAGACUAUAUCAUUCGCUUGUGUUGCGUGUGAGUGAGAGGAGGAUUCUGAAGCAGGUCAGGAGCUACGUCCGUACAAAGGCCAAUGAGUUAUCCGGCCGAAAGCGCCGCAAGAAGAUGGUUUCAGAAUCCUAGCAACACAGCCUUAUUCGUUGAGUUUCCUAUUUUCAAUUUUUUGAAUUUUUGUCUACUCACAAUGAAUUUGAGCAUAUUUGAUUUUUUUUUUUUUUUAAACUCUAUUUAUAGAAAAUUUAUAAGAUGAAAAAGCAAAUAAUAUAAAGGGGUGUAUAUCGUGACUGAUAUUGAGCAAUCUUCAGACGGAAGCAAAGAAAGCGUGACAAAAAGCCGGCGGAGUGUCAGACAGGUAGAAACUGUAAAUACGGAGAAAGCUAGAGGGUAGUUUGAUAGUACCAGACACGUGGCACGUGGGAUAUUAGUCUUUCAGAAUAAUAACACAGAGACAAAGACAAGUGCUUUAUUUUUAUGUCGUUGUUUCACCAAGGGACUAAAGCUAAGCUUUUUUUUUUUCUUCUUUCCUGUAAAUUUUUUUUUGUUUUUGUUUUACAGUCAAUAACUCUCAAUAGAGUGUAACGGAGAGAUUCUUCUUCCUGGAUAGCUCUCUUUUCUUUUCGUCUUCUUCCCUCCGGAAUCUAAUUCUCAUUACAGCUUCUUUUAAGUUUUUCUUCGUCUUCCUUUGGAUCUAUGUGAAUAGUAUGGAGUAAAGCUCUGAGGUAAGCUUGGAAAGUUGGGAUAUGGCCAAACCCUCUUUGGUUUACCAACUUAGCAAAAAAGUUAGCAGGAGUUGGUGAUCAGUUCUCCCUACCGGAUUUUGCAGGC